CAACAAAUGAGGUGAGCACUAAAUUCUUUCUGAAUGAUAAAUUUGUCGGUUGAAAUGCACUUAAUGCUGAUGAUACUUUCCGCAAACUGACAUCUUUUCAUUGGCCUCUUUUGCAUGUGUUUCUCACAUAUGCAUGGUUUUGUAUAUUUAUGCCGAGAGGGAAAUGAUUCAAAUGCUUGCUUACAAAUGGCACACGUGGGCUUAGAUAGUGAAUAUGGAUAUUGGAGAGAGACAUUGAUGCAUUGAUUUUAGACUUGAUUUCACUGGCUUCGUAAUAUUACAUGAACUUGGACGAGGCACACAGUACCCCUGGUUUGCAUGCUGCUGCUGGACCUGGUCUUGCAGAAGAAUGUGCCACUCUGGGUGGCUGCCGAACAGGGAUGGCAAAAGUUACUAAUGCAUAUGACCUUCCUGCAAGGAGGGUCAUACACACUGUUGGUCCCAAGUAUGCAGUGAAAUAUCAUACUGCUGCCGAGAAUGCUCUGAGUCAUUGCUAUCGGUCUUGCCUUGAACUCCUUAUUGAAAGUGGACUCCAAAGUAUUGCUAUGGGCUGUAUAUACACAGAGGCAAAAAAUUAUCCACGCGAACCAGCUGCUCAUGUGGCAAUAAGAACUGUUAGACGAUUUCUUGAGAAACAGAAAGAUAGAAUUAAUGCCGUUGUUUUUUGCACAACAUCAUCACCUGAUACUGAGAUAUAUAAAAGAUUGCUUCCGCUCUAUUUUCCUCGCGAUAAACAUGAGGAGGAGGUGGCCAUUUCGAAACUACCUGCAGAUGUUGGGGAUGAAAAUGGUGAGACAAUUAUUGAUGAACGUAAAAUCAGAAUAAAACCUUUGCCCAAUGUGAAGAACACUGUUCCUAGAUCUCCCCAAGUCUCUUUUGAUCUUCCUGUCAGUGACGUUGGGUUGGCAAGACGGCUUCUGGUGUAAUGCUUGGGUGUGCUCUAAGAUGAAACAAGGAUGGUAAAAACAUGUAUUUAGGUGGUGAGGAAAUUUAUAUCACCUGUGAUCUACAGCAUGGGACAUAGUUAGAGCCAAAUGGUGGACAAUAAUCUUGUGCAGCUCAGUUCAUGGUUUGAUAAUUCAGUUAUUUUGUGGACCUAGUUCAGUCACUUGUGUAAUUAUGCAGUAAUGUUGAGUUGGCAAUGAAUGGAAAUAAUUGAGCCAAUCACUUGCAAAAAGACUGUGAGAUCAUCAGUGAGAAGUCAGAGCAUUGGUUUAUGAAGUCCCAAGAAAGGAAAUUUCAUUUGACA